AUGGCUACCUACGCUCAACAAACCGUGAAACAGCUCCAGAAGGAGCUUGAAUCUAGAAAACUCAGUACCAAUGGCAUUAAGAAAGACUUAAUUGCGCGAUUGGAGGCCCAUGACGCCGAAAAAUCGCAACCAACGGACGCACAACAGGAGGAACCACAGCAGUCUGAGAUCUCAGAAACUGCAAAAGUCGAAAAACCUGAAGACAAGCCUGAGGAGGCAGUCGUUCCAGAGACUGAGGAGCCUACUACCACUGAGACACCCCCUGAACAGCAACCUAUUGCUCCUGUGGCAGAACAUUCGUCAGAUUCUUCUUCCACACAGAUAAAACCCAAAGCUUUCUCCCCAGAAGAGGCCAAGGCAAAGGCAUUGGAACAUCUGCAGGUCAAACUGCGUCGUGCACGCAAGUUUGCAGACGAUGAGUCCACAAUACAAUCGUUGGAGCGUCAAAUUAAUAGAAUUCAGAAAUUCGGGCUCGAUCAAACAACUCAACUGGCACAGGAGCUAGGAUUUGGCAAGGGUCCUGAAAAUACAAUUGCACGCCGUGGGAACAAGAAGUCGCAUCGCAAAAACCCCAAAAACAACAACAGAAAGUAA